GGAAGGUUUCAAGAGCAAGAGCGAGCAAAUCUUCUCUUCUUCCUCUCUCCUCGAGGUCUCAAGCUCUCUCUUUAUUGACUACUUUGCUCUUCCAUCUAAACCCCUGUGAUUCAAAGCGCAGCAACAGAGAAAACCAGCGGAGGCAGCGAAAGCAUGGUGGAAUCUUCUUCUUCAUCGUCUUCGUCGUGCGACUCCUUCAGUUCUUUUGACGAAGUCAGCGUCAAGAUCUGUAACACCGUCAAGUUCGUCUGCAGCCACGGCGGUCGUAUCCUGCCACGUUAUCCAGACGGAAGACUCCGUUACGUUGGCGGGGAGAAUCGCGUUCUUACCGUCGAUCGCACCAUCCCCUUUUCAGGGCUUCAGGUGAAGUUGGGGGAGCUGUGCGGAUGGGAGAAGGUGAAUCUGAGGUGUCAACUUCCGACGGAGGAUCUCGAUGCGCUCGUCUCCAUAAGCUCCGAUGAGGAUCUUGCUAAUCUUAUAGAGGAGUACGAUCUCGCAAGCCGGGACCGUCGAUUUCCUAUCAAGAUCCGCGCCUUUCUCCACCCCACGGUUGCGAAAUCUCGGAAAUCUGUCACUCCACCGAGUACUCGCAAUUCGCGGACGGUGCCCAUGAAUAAAGCUUCCUUCCAGUUACCCGCCGUCCACGCCGUCGUCGACCAGUGCGUUCACAAGGGUAGUUCACCGACGAAGAAUUUCGUCCGUUUCGUUCGAUCGGGCGACGUUCCCCGAUUCCACGGCUACCCGAUGAAUGGAUGCCCUGCGAUGUCACGCCACCACUAUCUGAUCCAUCAAGGCACCCGCUGCCCAUAGCCGAUCCCUGCCGGAAUGGGAAGGAUAUAAUUUUUGUUUUCGAGGUAAAGAAAUUGAACGGAGGAGGAUGAACAAAGAACAAUCAUUUGUGGAGAACUCCGAGGAUUGUAAUACGAUUUUUUCUAUUCAACAGAAACAAUUUAUAAAACUCAAAAUUGAUUCCAUUAAAAACUCAAAUCAGAAACCUCAGAAAAAAAAAA